AUGUUUGUAGUCGGAACUGCAAUCGCAAUAGGAGCUAUAGCUGCUGAUAGACACAAGAGAAAGAAGAAGCUUAGAAAUAUGAGUAUCAAGGAAAGAGAGGAGUUUGAACGCUAUGAAAGAGCUCAGCAAAGGAUGCUGCAACAACAACAGAUGUCCCAGCAAGGAUACGCACACCCAUCACAACAACAAUAUGCACCACCAAGACAACUGCGCAAACUGCGUCGCGCACAAGAAGCAGCAACACAUUCUCAAACCCCUAGCACAGAUAAAUCGAGUCGAAUGAAUUAUAACCGUGAAGGAAGAGCUGCUAAUAGGCAGGACCACGCAGCACCAUCAUCAUCAUCGUCAAUGUCAUCACUACCACCACCACCACCCACACCACAGAGAAACAAACAAGGGCCAAGAGUUCAGCAACAUGUGCAGUCAAUGCUUGGAGAUAAUGAUGUUUACGAUCCUCCACCAAAGUAUACCCCUUGA